AUUAUAUAACUAUACAUGUAUAUGUGCUUAAUCUAUAUUAUACAGUAUAUCCGUAUUUACAAUUAAUAUCUAAUAUGAAGUGGUUUACAUACUUUUUGAAAAUCCCACAAGGUGGAAAUAGCCAAUUAUACAGUGCGGGACUUUCUAUCAGGAAAUUUUUGUUUCGUUUUCGUUUAUACUUCGACUGUUGUGUGUUGUACCACACAUCGAAUUAAAGUGAGAGAGUUGUAUGCUAGAACCAUGUGAAUUUACACAAUGAAUAACAAUGGUACAACUCAAAUCAAACUUAAAGUUGUCCUGAUUGGUGAUGCAGCAGUUGGAAAGACAUCGCUGUCUGUAAGAUUUACAGAAGACAAAUUUGGAGACAACUAUAGAUAUACCAUAGGAGGAAGUUACUGUACCCGAUCCUUAUACGUUGCCAAUAAGAAGAUAAUGUUCCAGAUAUGGGACACUGCUGGUACUGAACGUUUUAAAAGUAUCGUCCCAUUUUACCUUAGGGAUGCAGAUGUUGCCAUAGUAGCCUAUGAUAUCACUGAAAGGAACACAUUUGAGAACAUCAAACAAUGGCUUCGACUGUUACAAGAGAGUGCCCCUGAAACCAUCAAAUGUGCUUUAGUUGGUAACAAAAGUGAUUUGCUUGAAAAACGACAAGUGACGACACAGGAGGCACAUACAUUUGCAGAUGAACACGGUCUCUAUUUUCUGGAAACAUCUGCAAAAACUGGUCAGAAUAUACAACAGCUCUUCAUGGAUAUAGGUUCUAUAUUUGUCGAAGGUCCUCUGAAACAAAACAGAAACAGUUCUGUCAUCACAGUGACGGAAUCAAGUGAUCCUCCUGAGGCAGGGAAAUGCUGUCGUUGAUAGACUUUGCGUUAUGGUGAUUUUUAACAUCAGUCUCGAAAUUUCACAUUGAAUAACAUUACUACCAAAAUAGUUACAUUGCGUAUGAAUAGUGCUAUACUGCCAAAAUAGUUAUAUUGCAUGUGAAUAGUUAACCUGCCAAAAUCGUUCCAUUGUAUGUGAAUACCAGUAACUCAACUGCCAAAACAGUAACAUCGUAUGUGAAAAGUUAACCUGCCAAAAUAGCUAUAUCGCAUUGUGAAUAGUUAACAUGCCAAAAUAGUUCCAUUGUGUGUGAAUACUAGUAGCUCAACUGCCAAAACAGUAACAUCGCAUGUGAAAAGUUAACCUGCCAAAAUAAUUAAAUUUUAUAUUACUGUUCAGUGUGCUAACUACGACAGAUGAACGUAUAUCUUACAUACUAAUGUAUGUUUGAAGUAACGCGCUUUAAGAAUCGUUAAACAUUCCAUUGGCAUAUUGUUAUAUGAAUAGUUUGGCUCAGAUAAGUGUACUUACCCUUUUGAAGAAACGAGCUUCAAGAAUCGUUAUACAUUCCAUUGUCAUAUUGUUAUAUAAAUUGUUUGGCUCAGAUAAGUGUACUUACCCAAACAAGAUCGAGUUGCUGACCUGUUCUUUUUUUUCGUAUUUGCAUUAACUGUUUUCGUUAUGUUUUGGACUUUCUUUUUUUUUUAGGGGCGGUUGGGGGGGGGGGGGGGGGGGGCUCUGCAUUGACAUAUGCUUAUGAAAUGUCACAUGUUAUAAUACAGCAUUAUUUGUAUCAUAUAAUGAUUCAUUAAUAUCACUGCAUAAUGAAGACUAUGAACAAGCUCACAGAGGAUUGGACAUUAUCUUCUAUGAAAUCUUUUUAAUACACUAACUUCUAAUGAUGCAACACUUGUAAGAAAUGUGUGAAUUUGUUGUAAAGAGUUUAGUUAUUUUAAAAACGAUGAUACCACAAGAUUUCGUUGUAUUCAGAAAAAAUGAAAACAACACGUUAUAAAUUUCAUGCGUCCGAAGCGCUUUUCUGGAUUUACCUUCAUUAGGAACGCCAAAAGCUGAAUAUUUGAAAACCGAAACCGAAACAAUUCACAUUGUGGAAAUUGGAGCAAUUACUGUAUUCGACAAAUGCAAGCUGUAUACUAUAUUCAGCUUGUAAUCAUUUCAGAUAUGCUAAAUUGAUUUCUGAAAUACUCUAUAAACAUUUCCAAAAUGUGCUUCACUUGUGGAGAGUUGUCUCAUUGGCAAUCAUACCACAUCUUCUUUUUUAUAUUCAUAAUAUAUCUUAACAGUACUGUGGAUUCAUUUAGUUUCGUUGAUAGCAAUUUUUAUGGAUCGAGGAAACAUUGUGUUUUCAUGGAUAUUUGAUUCGAAUUCCUAAUUUGGCAAAGUCAACCAACAAGCCUUGAAAAAAUGUUAAUUCGGUUGAACAUUUAAAUUAGUGGUUAACAUAUAACCAUGAAAUCAACGAAAUUUGUUUCCAACGAAUAAAUAUGAAUCUGCAGUAAAUAAAUAGUUUUCUGGGUAGAAAUAUGUAAAUCUUCUUAGUAGAGAAAAUUCCCCAGUUACAAUUCUUUAAACAUCGUUAAAGUGGCAUAAUAUGCUAUUUUGCUGAUAUAUAUAUACAUGUAUAUAUUGAAAACAUUUCAGUCCCUUUAUCAAACAAUUGCAAGAACGGGAUAUAUUGGAUAUUUAUGCGCAACUAGCAGUUAGUUUCGUCCAAUUUUGUCAAAAUAUGGCUGACUAUUAUUGUUUAUAUCCACUUCAUUUGAACUUUGGUUGAUAGUUGUCUCAUUGGCAAUCAAACCUCAUCUCCUUAUUUGUAUAUUAACAAAGUCGCCAUUUUAAAUUUAAUUUUCAACUACGAUAUAAAAUUAAACAGAACUAGGAGAUUCAUGAUUAUUAUACUAUAAUAGCACAUGCUCCCCCGACCCCCAGGUACUCAUGUAUGCUUUUUUUUUUCAUUUCAUUAAUAUUGGGGUGACUUGCCCAUCGGCAAUCUUUGAAGGUAACUUUAAUAGUUAAUAAUAUGUCGUACAUUCCCAAACUACGCACGAAACAUUUUUACGUUAUAACGGAUUCCUAGUAUUUUCUAUUUUUUUAUAUGGUUCUUUUAACAUUAUAAUAUACAUUUUAAGUAUGUUAAAAAUUCAGUUUUGAGAGUUUGAAUCAAUUUAGUGGACAUGCAUUUUGCAGCUAAUGUCGCUUUAAUAAUAUUUUUGAAAAGUUCGUUUGACUACAAAUCACAAACAAAAUGUUCCUUUUUCUACAAUGUUGUCAUGAACGUAGAUUCAACCAAUCAUCUUCCUCGCCUCAAAAUCAUCUUUGCCAUUGUCGUUGGCAUCAUCAUUGUUGAUUACUUUUAUACUUUUAUAACUUUUUGUUAUUUUAAUGUCUAAUACAUAACAAUAAAAAUUAUAAUUGCAAAACAA